CCACCAAAAUCUGUGCAUUUCUUCACUCCUCUCCUCUCCUCUCCUUCGAGCCCGCCUCUCUUCCACUCUUUUCUCUCUUUCCCGCCCCAAUGGAUCCCGUCAGCGACUGGGGAAACACACCCCUCAACACGGUGGACCCAGAAAUCCACGACCUCAUUGAGAAGGAGAAGCGGCGCCAAUGCCGGGGCAUCGAGCUGAUUGCGUCGGAGAACUUCACCUCCUUCGCCGUCAUCGAGGCCCUUGGCAGCGCCCUCACCAACAAGUACUCCGAGGGCAUGCCCGGCAACAGGUACUACGGAGGCAACGAGUUCAUUGACGAAAUCGAGAACCUUUGCAGGUCUCGCGCCCUCCAGGCCUUCCACCUCGACCCCACCAAGUGGGGCGUCAAUGUGCAGCCCUACUCCGGCUCGCCUGCCAACUUCGCCGCCUACACGGCCGUGCUCCAGCCCCACGACCGCAUCAUGGGCUUGGAUCUUCCCUCUGGCGGUCAUCUCACACAUGGGUACUACACCUCCGGAGGGAAGAAGAUCUCGGCGACCUCGAUUUACUUCGAGAGCUUGCCCUACAAGGUGUCUUUCGAUACUGGGUACAUCGACUACGAUAAGUUGGAGGAGAAGGCCUUGGAUUUCAGGCCCAGGUUGAUCAUUUGUGGUGGUAGUGCGUACCCCCGGGACUGGGACUACGCCAGGUUCCGCGCUGUUGCGGAUAAGUGCGGCGCUCUCUUGCUCUGUGACAUGGCUCACAUUAGUGGCCUUGUUGCUGCGCAGGAAGCUGCGAACCCCUUUGAAUUCUGUGACAUUGUCACAACCACAACCCACAAGAGCUUGAGGGGUCCUAGGGCUGGCAUGAUCUUCUACCGGAAGGGGCCUAAACCAGCCAAGAAGGGCCAGCCAGAGGGUGCCGUUUACGACUUUGAAGACAAGAUCAAUUUUGCUGUUUUCCCCUCCCUGCAGGGUGGUCCUCACAAUCACCAGAUUGGUGCUCUGGCUGUUGCUCUGAAACAGGCCAUGGCGCCUGGGUUCAAAGCCUAUGCCAAGCAAGUCAAGGCCAAUGCAGUUGCCCUUGGAAACUACCUGAUGGGCAAGGGAUACAAGCUUGUCACUGGAGGAACUGAGAACCACCUAGUUCUCUGGGAUCUUCGGCCUCUUGGGUUGACUGGCAAUAAGGUUGAAAAGCUUUGUGACUUGUGUAACAUUACUGUGAACAAGAAUGCUGUGUUUGGUGACAGCAGUGCCUUGGCUCCUGGAGGAGUGCGAAUUGGUACCCCGGCCAUGACUUCAAGAGGGUUGGUUGAGAAGGACUUCGAGCAGAUAGCAGAGUUUCUUCACCAAGCUGUGAGCAUCACCUUGAAGAUCCAGAAGGAGCAUGGAAAGCUAUUGAAGGACUUCAACAAGGGCCUGGUGAACAACAAGGACAUUGAGAACCUCAAGGCUGACGUUGAGAAGUUUUCGGCAUCCUUCGACAUGCCCGGCUUCCUGACUUCUGAGAUGAAGUACAAGGAUUAGGUGUAGAGCUUUUAUUCAUUGCUAUUACAGUUUGUUGUUGUUAUAAAGGUGCAUAAAAAAAGAGGGAAAAGAAAAAGCGUCUUCUGCCUUUUGGCAUCGUAGGCUAGCCUGCUGUUAUAUUUCCUGCCUUGUGCCUUUGUCGGUGUGUGUGUUAUGAGAGUUUGGUAUCAUAUCCUCUCAAUAACAAUCUUUUUUUUGUUUUGUGUUUUUUUUUUUUAAAUAUCUUGUGUCUCAUGGGGAAAUUAGGAGAAAUCAUGUUCUUAUUCACCGUACUAAUGAACAAUAAAGUGCAAAUUUGUUU